AUACUAAUAUAAUAAUCCGCAAUCUCCCUUUGCUCGCACGUCUUCCCCGCAGUCUUAAUCCAAUCGCCACCUACUUUUGCUGCCGAUCGACGGCCUUCUCGUUUGUCGAACUCGAAUCGCUUCCUCUGUUCUUUCGUUCUUGAAUCUAGAUUCCGGUGAACAAUAUGUCGUCGUCGCGGCGUGUUGAAGCGGCGGCGGCGGAUGGCGAUGAUGAGGAGGCGUUCGAACACACGCUGUUGGUGGUGCGCGAAGUGACAGUGUACAAGAUCCCACCGAGAAGCACUAGCGGCGGGUACAAAUGCGGGGAAUGGCUGCAAUCCGACAAGAUCUGGUCGGGCCGCCUCCGGGUCGUCUCCUGUGGCCACCGCUGCGAGAUUCGUCUCGAGGAUCCCGCCUCCGGGGAACUCUUCGCUGCCUGCUUCAUUCUCCCUGGCCAGCGCGAGAGCUCAGUAGAACCCGCCCUCGACUCCUCCCGCUAUUUCGUUCUCAAAAUCGAGGACGGAUGCGGUAAGCACGCCUUCAUCGGUCUCGGAUUCAACGAGCGCAACGAGGCCUUUGAUUUCAAUGUGGCCCUUUCGGACCACGAGAAGUACCUGAGGAGAGAGAACGACAAGGAGGAGGGUGAGGACGAAGAUAGCCACAUUGACAUACAUCCGGCAGUCAACCAUCGACUAAAGGAAGGUGAAACCAUUCGCAUAAAUGUGAAGAAUAAAACAUCUAGUGGAGGAGGCAUGCUUUCAACUGCUGGCUUAACUGGAGGACCCUUGAACAAGCCAAAAGUUGGUACACUUCUUGCACCUCCACCUGGUAGUGCAGGGAAGAUCAAGUCACCUCUUCCACCACCACCUAAUGAUCCUGCAACUGCUAGGAUGGCAUCAGGUCAACAUGCUGGACUGAAGGCUGCUGAGGAAUCCACGGGCCGACCUGUUGAUCCUUUGUCUGAUUUUUCUGCCAUUGAGAGAAAUCUACCUUCUUCAACCAAGCCAGGAUCUAAUAAGAAUACUGCAUCUGGGUGGGCAGCAUUUUGAGUCAAAAUGAAGCUUACUGAUUUGAUUCAUGGUAUACACGAAGAGAAUGGUACACAUGUCUAGGCUCUAAAGCCUCAGUUUUUCUUGUUUGGCUGGUAAUAAUUCCAGGGUAAUUAUCCAUGCUUAUUUGUGUCAUGUAUUGGAUUCUCUAGGGUAUGCUGCGAAUUAUUCUUCUAUCUGAACUUAUUUUGGCCGGAUGAAGCUUUGUAAACUGCAUUUAGUCCAUCUAUAUACAAGUUAUUGUUAAAAUUUCUGAUGUUUUGAUUUCA